AUGGAGUCUGAAGAUGUUGCCUCAGCCCCCUCAACACCCGUAACACCAGGGACUCCUGGUGCCCCUCUUUUUGGUGGGUUCAAACCAGAGAGAAGUGGCAGUGUUAGAAGAUCUCUUCUCAAGAGCUGCAAAUGCUUCAGUGUUGAAGCUUGGGCUUUGGAAGAGGGAAGCUUACCCUCUGUCUCCUGCGCAUUGCCACCACCUCCUGUCUCACUUGCAAGAAAGGUAGGAGCUGAGUUCAUAGGCACUCUGAUUCUCAUCUUUGCAGGGACAGCCACCGCCAUAGUGAACCAAAAGACACAAGGCUCCGAGACCCUUAUAGGCCUGGCUGCCUCCACUGGCCUCGCCGUCAUGAUCGUUAUACUGUCCACCGGCCACAUCUCAGGGGCUCAUCUCAACCCAUCCGUUACCAUUGCCUUCGCAGCCCUCAGGCACUUCCCGUGGAAGCAUGUGCCAGUGUACAUUGGAGCACAAGUGAUGGCAUCAUUAUGUGCAGCAUUUGCAUUGAAGGGGAUUUUCCACCCCGUAAUGGGUGGGGGAGUCACUGUUCCUUCAGGGGGCUAUGGUCAAGCAUUUGCUUUGGAGUUCAUUAUUACUUUCAAUCUCAUUCAAACAAAUGGCAGGGAAACCACCGGAGCUUCAAUGAAUCCGGUGAGAACUUUGGGGCCGGCGAUAGCUGCGAACAACUACAAAGCCAUAUGGGUGUACCUCACUGCUCCCAUACUGGGAGCACUGGCCGGAGCAGGUGUUUACUCUGCAGUCAAGCUGCCGGAGGACGAUGGCACAAGUCAUGUUGAUCCUCCAACAGCACAUAGCUUCAGAAGGUGA